AACUAUUUAUUUCAAGGUCCCCAGACAAACGGUAAAAUUCGAGAAGUAGACAGCAUUCUGUUAGUCGUCCGUUGAGUGCAUCUUCCGGGAAGCGUGUCAAUGGCAGAUUGAGGUCGAGGGCACUCACUUCACCACUGACUGAGGCGUUUUUAAUGCAAAAAUUGUCUGCAACUGCUCUUCAAAAAGCACCAUUCCUUCAUCCAUAAUAUUCAAACAAAAACUAAUCACGCGGAAAGGACGAAAGAACCGAAUACACAACACUGCGUGGGUAGAAUAUAGGUUUUUAAAAAAACACUUGAAUUUUCCACCCUCCACCUCCCCAAAAAAGCACCAAGCAGUCCAUCCCGGCUUCGGAGCAGCACUGGAAACCAACUGUUGAACACCGCGAUGGGCAGGGGAUUUUGAUGACGGGUACUGGCGUCUCUAAGAAGGAAACGGGGAGGGGGAAGGAAUAAAUGGGGGUAAUGAGCAGCGAAAUAGAGGCGUGACAGGCAGUUUAGGCGAGGAAGAACGCAGGGAGGAGAGGGGGUAUGGAAAUCAAGGAGGACGGGAAUGGUAAAGGAGCCGAAGACAAUAAUUGGACACAGAAUAACUAGAAGGGAUUGGUAAUUAAAUAGUACAGUGGAAGAGAAAACGGAAUGAUAGCGAUCAGAAUACAGAGGUACUGUAGUCUGGGUACUGGGUGGCCACCUACCGCAGGGAAAUAGUUAACAGGGAAGAGUUUCAGCAGGGGAGGAAAAAGACCACUGAGGAACACAAGGGAUAUGACAGAAGGAUGGUGUAAUAGGUUUAUAGGAAGCGAUGGGACACGAGGAUUAAAGGGGUGGGAGGAGCGAGGAAUGGUAGGAUGUCAGAGGUAACUAAGAGACAUUUGGUAAUGGCUGUGAACAGAGUACUAACAUUGCUGGACAAGGGGUAACGCUAUUUAAAGAAGUUAAUGCCAGGGCUGGAAGCAAGUGAUACUGACAGUGAGAUUAAUGCCGAGAAGGCGGGGUUAUCGCAAAGUGGAGCGGAAAGCCUGCGGUUAGGAAGGGUUGGAGCUUCGGGUCGGGAUUUCCCAGAGGCGUUCCAGUUGCUCUAUCAGUGUAGACGCGAGCGGGUUGAGAGAGCCGGUACCUGCCACACCGCCUCGGGACCAGUCCCAUGUACCGUAAAUUCUCCGCUUCGUCCCAAAUCUCCGCUGGACUUCAAACCUGUGCUGCAAUCUCCUCUGAUCGGAUUAAGUGAUCGGAGUCUGUUCCGACCCGCUUGUUAGUUCUACGUCCACGUGCUUAGGCAAUAGUUGUAGCGGAUCGCGACUGGCGACCGACAUCGGGACAGCAGAGAUCCAGGAAGAAGUGCCAACCACGGGCGACGACAAUGAUGAAGCAUAGGCGACGCGACGGGGCUGAGCGAAGGAAGUAGCCUCCGGCUCAAGCCGCGACCUCCCUCUCCCCGUUUGAUACGGGCAAGAUCCCACCCCCCUGCCUCGGGACGCGGGACUCCGCCCGGUUUAGCGCCUCACUACAUCGCAGAGCUUGCACUCCGACCCAAGAUCUGCCCCUGGCCCGGGGCUGCCACCACAGCCCAGCAGCCGCCGCCGUUACACGGUCGUGCUCAGCCUAGCCCGCGCCCCGCCCAUGAGGCCGGCUCCCGGGGCGCUCGUACUGUUGCCGAGCUCACGGCGGGCGAGCGGCCGACCCGCAUGUUGCUAACGAGGGAGGUGGUCGGCGACCAGCCGGCCGGGGGGAGCGGGUCCCCUGCCGCCGUCGGAUGCCCUCAGCACCUGCCCGAGGACGAGUGGGAGGAUGCGGGCACCGAGAUCCAGGAGGAUGACGACGAGCAGUCGGAGUCGGACACCUGCAGCGUCCUGUCGGAUGAUUCUUUCUACCCCCCGGAGCUGCGCUCCCUGAGCAGCGAGAUCUCAAAUGCGACCGAGGGCCCGCUCACCUUCUACCGAGCCUGCGCCACCUGCAACGCCGUAGGGCUGAAAGAACUGAUGUGCGGGGACCUGAGCGAGCCGGAGGUGAUGGAGGUGGACAGGAAUGGCAGGACUGGACUGAUGGUGGCUUGUUAUCAGGGGUUCAUGGACAUUGUUUUCAUCUUGGCUCAAUGCCCUCACCUUGAUGUCAACUGGCAAGACAAGGAGGGAAACACAGCUCUGAUCAUUGCAGCACAAGCAGGGCACAUUACCAUCACUAAUUACUUGCUGAACUAUUAUCCUGGGAUUGACAUUGAGAAGAGGAAUGUUCAUGGGUUCACUGCACUAAUGAAAGCAGGAAUGCAAGGAAGAACAGAUUGUGUCAGAGCCCUGAUGCUGGCAGGUGCCGAUAUCAACGCAACCGAUCCAGGGAAGGGAUUCACUCCACAGCAAUGGGCACAGUUUACAGGGCGGUAUGAAACAAUCUUCCUCAUGCAAAAACUCCUGGCCAAGCCCUGCCCCGUCCAAUUCAGUGAUAACUAUAAGCCCGAGUGGCCAAAACUGAAAGAACUGGUAGCCAAAGCCAAUGAGCCCAAGAACUGUUUGGAAAAAAUAUGUGAAACUCUUAGGUCAGCAUUUUCUAUCAACUUCCCACAUGAUCCAGAAGAAGAUGGGCCUCUGGACCAUAUGGUUAGAAUGACCACGGCCAUCACCAGCCCUUUUGUUGCGACUGGUUGCAGGACAGUCUGCCCAAGUAGCCCCCCUUGCGUGGGAAAGAAAAGGUACACAGUUCAGGAGAUUCUGAGGCAGCAAGAGUCUUGUAAAACAAAGGCUCCAAACAAGGAUUAUGUUAAAUACCAAAAACUAUUUCAGAACUCUCAACUAGUGGUGGUCUCAAAAAAGAAGGAAAGGAGAGCCAGCCUACAGACAUUGAAGUCUUCCCCUUCACAUGUAUCAGCUGCUUCUUCCAGAAGGGGUAGUUUAAUGCCCUUGAGCAUGCUUAAAUGGAGUAGUGUUCAGCCAGGCAUUGUAGUGCCUAAGGUGCGUGUGGUCAAAGCUCCCACUCCUACUUACAAUCCUGAUAAAGUGCGCAGGAAGAGCACUGUCAAGAGCAGCAAUUUCCUGGAACUACCCAUAUGGAGGUAUAAGGAACUGAAAGAAGAGAGAAAGAAAGCUGAAGAAGAAGAAAAAAGGAAAGCUGAAGAAGCAGAGAAAGAGAGAAAACACAAGAUUGCACUAAAAAGGAAGUCGUAGGGAUAAACAAAAUAUGUCAAAAGGCAAAUCAUAACCAGAAAAAAAAACUGAACAAUUCCUCUGCUAAACAGGAAAAUUUAUUAGGACCUGGCCCUGCCAAGUUUUGUAAGGCUCAGGUCUACAACUACUACUUCCACAUUAUCAGCAUAAGGUGAAGGUAUUGGGUAAUUCAAGGUAUGGUGCAAAGACUGUGACUUUAGUACAUUAUACAGGAUGUAGCUAAUUGUAUUUGAAAUCUUCAGUUAAUGCAAUCCACCCUUGUUGAGUGUCCAGAGGCAAAAUAAGUUGCACCUUUGUUCUAAAAAUAGCUUUGAAAUUUAAUUUAGCUUCCAAGUCUGCAAAUUGUCAAAAAGUAUUUGAUGUUUUUGUUAUAGAUCAUUUGGACACUGAUUCUUUGCUUAAUAAGCCAGGUGUCAAAACAUCAAGCAAUUGUUUUAUAGGUUUUUCUGUAUAGAUUGAGUGGAGGGCCACAUUUACCUCAAACACAAAACAUAUGGCUUUAAUAGAACAGAAGGUUAGCAUGUCAAUUGAGCUUACCACAAUGGAAGAACUGCUCCUAAUAUGAUCAAUUAAUGCUAAGAUUAUUGGCAUCUGGUACAAUUUACCUGUGAUUGUUUUUAAAAACAGUGGAUUUAUUUUGAUGGCAAUGAUGCUACUGCAUAGAAGAACCAUGCUCACGUUUUAAGGAAAUGUUGAGUUAGCAAACUAGUGGACAGCUCCAAGAACUUGUUUGUUUUUGAGGCUUGCAAGAUACUGAUUGGGUAGCAGUAAAAAGAAACAGCCUCCUGUAGCAGGACCCAACAAUUUUUCUUUGUUUUAAAAAAAACACUUCAAUAUAGAGAAAUCUACCUCUGAUUGAAUCACCUGUCCCAUUGGUAUCCUAUUGUGAACUGCUGUUUAAGUUCAAUUCAUUUACUAAUCCUUACUUCAGUCCCUGAACUUGGUUUACAAAACAAAAAAAGCAGUUUAGGAGAACAAGUAGCCAGUUGCUUGACAUUUGUUCCUAGGGCAAAGGUUAGGCCUACAACAAAGAAAUGGCCCCACUGUGGAGAAGGGAUAUUAUGAGCAUCGUAGUUGGCACCCUCAAGCCUUUUGGGCAGCGCAAUGUGCUGUUUUAAUUUUCAAGAUGUGCGUGUAUGUGUAUUUGUGUGAGAGAGAACAGUAAUAUUGUAGCCUUGUGCUGAGAAGCAGGAGUUCAGCUGCAAGUUAUUCUUCCAACUUUUCAUUCAAAUACUGGGUCACUGUGUUACUGGAUAUACAAGAUGUUGCUUAUUCCCUUUUCAAUGCAGAGGUGAAUAAGAUACAAGGCGCUGAGAUUAUGGAUGAACUAAGAUUUUAUGUAAAAGGGGAAAAUAUCAGUUUAAAGAAUACCAACCCACAUGUACUAAGCCAUAUUUGAAAUUCUUUCUUCUCAGACUCAGCUCUGUAAUUGCCCAAGGUGUCAGUCAAGAAUUUGUGUAUUGUCGGGGCUAGCUGUGGUCAGCAGAGUUUUUCACUUUUCAAAGUCUGACAUGCUUAAGUAACUUAAAAUACAGAGAGUAUGAAUUCAUUCACAACAUUUGGCAAGUGUGUAUUCUUUUUGUUGUUGGAACCCAUUAUUUGCUGAUUUGGAUCAUAGGACUAUACGAUAUAGAGGCAGAAUUAGGCCAUUUAGCCCAUUGAGUCUGCUCUGCCAUUUCAUCAUGGCUCAUCCAUUUUUCCUCUCCACCCCAAUUUCCUACUACCCACCCCCCAACAUCCCUUCAUGCCCUGACCAAUCUCUGCCCUAAAUAUACAGAAAGACUUGGCCUCCAUAGCUGCCUGUGGCAAAGAAUUCCACUGAUUCACCACUCUCUGCCUAAAGAAACUCCUGCUCUUUGUUCUAAAAGGACCCCUGUAUUUUGAGGCUGUGUCCUCUGGUCUUGGACACUCUCACCAUAGGAAAGAUCUCUCCACAUCCAAUCUAUCAAGGCCUUUCACCGUUCAAUAGUUUUAAUUGGGUCACCCCUCAUUCUUCUGAAAUCCAGUGAAUACAGGCCCAGAGCCAUCAGAUGCUCUUCAUAUGACCAGUCAUUUAAUCCUGAAGCUCCUUUGAACCCUCUCCAGUUUCAGCUCAUCCUUUCUAAGAUGAGGGGCCCAAAACCACUCACAAUAUUCCAAAUGAGGCCACACCAGUACUUUAAAAAGUCUCAACAUUAUAUCCUUGCUUUUAUAUUCCAGUCCUCUUGAAAUGAAUGCUAACGUUGCAUUUGCCUCACUACAGAACUCAACCUGCAAAUUGAUCUUUUGGGAAUCCGGCAUAAGAACUCCCAAAUCCCUUUGCACCUAUGAUUUUUGUAUUUUCUCUCCAUUUAGAAAAUAGUUGACCCUUUCAUUUCUUCUCCCAAAGUGUAAAACCAUACAUUUCCCAACACUGUAUUCUUUCUGCCACUUCUUUGCCCAUGUAUAGUCCACCUGUAGACUCCCUGUUUCUUCAAACAUACCCGCCCCCCCAUCUAUCUUUGUAUCAUAUUUGAUGCAGUUUGGUCAAUUUUAAACAAAGGUUGCAGUUUUUGGUAUGCUAUCUGACCCUAUACAGUAGCAUCCUACAGAUUCAGUGGUCUCUGUCAGGUAGUUGGGGGGCAUACUUUAUAAAAUUGUUAAAUUUAAGAAAACUAAUUCUUCUGCACACUAGGUUGGAGAUUUCAGUCAUCCAAAGGUUCUGUUUAAUAGAUUUCUUAACUAGAAUGGAGAAUGAAAAGUUCUCCAUCAGAGCUGAAGGUAAAUUAGGUGGUGAAGACUAUGUGUCAUGUUUUUGUGUCUAUGCCAUCAGUUCAAUCAAACAUAAUUUGCACUGUUACACCACCUACAUAUGGCAUUAAACCCGAAUCUGGAUUCACUUAUAGGAAUAACAAAGAUUGCACAAUACCAGCAAACAGAUAAUCAGUUUAGGACUUUGUUUCUGGAAGGUGCAGAUUUUAACCCACAGAUCAGGGUCAUUUUCAGACAGCAAGUAUUAUGCAAUAAGAUAUUAUACAAGAAUAAAAACAGAAAAUGCCAGAGCCACUCAGCAAGUCAGAUUACAUCAAUAAAGAAAGAAACAAAAUUAAUGUUUUGGGUCCUCUUUCUUUUCCAGUUCCAAAGGUUAGUGACCAGACACAUUAACUCUAGUUACUCUCUUAAUAGAUGGUUCCUGACUUGCUGAGCAUCACCAGAAUCUUGUUUUUUAAUUGAAAAAUCCCAGCAGCUGCAGUUACCUUGUAUGAGAAGCAUUGUUCAUUAACAAGCAUUAUCAGUGGGAUUACAUUUACCUAUGUUUCAGGGAUGUAAUCACAUGGUGCUCCAACUGUGCUUCCAGUUGAUUCAGACAAGUGCAUUAGCAAAAGCAUUCUGUUGAGACUUAAAAAGAAUUUUGUCAAUAACCUAAUUGUGUGACAUGAUGUUUAAAUAUGACCACUUCACAAUGUUACUAUCUACCAACCUGAAGUCAAAACGUACAGAUCAGAAAUGAGGAGCUGGCUCCCCACUAAAACUGUGACACUUGCAUAAAGGUAAACUAUUGCUUAUAAGGUUUGAAAAGAGACGGUCAAAAAACCCACAAACAAGUGCUUAAAAGCUUAUAGCUGUAAUUGUUUUCUCUUAUAUCCUUGAGCUAAAAUCAAUAAAACUAAAGAGGGCAUUUAGCCCUAUUCAUUUGAUUGCAAAAUGUGGGAAUCACUGGCAAUGCCAUUAAAUUUCAUCCCUAAAUUGCCCCGAAACUGAGGAGACUUGGAAUUAGAGGGUUAAAGGAUGACAGAUUUCCUAGUUCAUCAAUUGUUUCUAAUUGAAAAUCUUACACUAUUGUAUUACCUGUAACAAAGCUAGAUUUAUCUUUAAUUACAGAUAUUUAAUUACUUGAAUUUAAAUUCCACAAAUAGUCCCUGUGGGACUUGAACUCAUGUCUCUGGAAAAAUAAUCCAGAAUUCUAGCUGCUACUUGUGCAACUUAACCACUGUCCUACUACGUAUUCCUCAGAUAGAACUUGAUUUAUUUAUGAUCUGUAACCCAGGUCAUUUCCAUUUGAAAAUCUAAUCUUGUGAUCUCUAUUCCGCUCAGGAAAUGGCCACUAACCAAAAAUUAAACGUACUGGGAUAACACCGGUAACAUGCAACACAAAAAUGAAUUUUGGUACUUGCAAAUCAUUUGCUUUGGAUAGACAUUUGAAUUAUGCAAGAAAAUUCUUAGCAUGUCCUCUUUAUUGCUUUCAGUGGGUGAUGUAGCGUACGUACUCCAGCCCUGGGUUGGAAUACAUUUUACAAAGUAAGGAAGGUCACUCAGGGAUCAGGCAAUCCACAGCAACUCUGGCACACAAAGAUAUCAGAAUGCUUUCUGAGUUCAACACCUAGCAAUAACUUUAAAUUGUAGAACCUUUCCCUAUUUGUAAUUUUAUUGUGAUAUUCUAGAGGAAAUGAGUUAAGAUGUCAUCAUUAUUUAAACAGUAAUGGUCCUACACUGUGUCAGAACAAGAUGUUUAUAUGCAAUUUUUAUUAACUGGAAUACCAAGCUAUUUUUACAAAACAACUACAUCAUAUUUAAAUUGUUUUAAAAUAAUUUUAAGGAUACUGAAUUGAUAUGGAAACUCAGUUUGAUUGUUAUUGAGGAUGAUCCUUGUGAACAAAAAUACUAAGCAUCAUUAUUGGUACUUUUGGAAGUGCAUCAAAUAUUGAAUGUCAAAUAAAAAUUUAA